AUGACUGGACGACCCAGUGCCCCUCCUCAAGUCCGACAUUCACCUCGGGCCAUAACAUCCCAGACGGCUAUCAAUGGCGGCCCUCAUGAUAAUGACCCUCGUGCUCUAGCACCUCCCUCUGGGCUCUCUCUCCAACAAAGCGAGACCUCGAGAUCAGCUCUAUCCACACCAAGACAAUCAGUUAAUCACAGGUCACGACAAGACCCUGCUUCACUAACAGAGCACUACAAUCUGCCCCUCCAACCAACCAAAUCAUGGGUCAGCUCUGACAGAACAUGGACGAGGGCACAACUUGAGAGGGAGCGGUACGAGUUCUUCGAAACCAGAGUUGCCGGUAGGAAGGAGGUCUGGGCUGCGCUGAGACAGGUCCUUGAAUGCUUACGAGAAGGUGAUAUGGCAGAUGCACAAGGUAUACUCGAUGCUUUGGGUGUGACGCUGCCAACUGGACAAAUCGAGUCGGGUGCCUAUGACGAAGCCGGCAAUCUGUAUAAAAUACCUGAGGCUGUCAUUUCAGACCCGACCAAUAUUGUGGAGGAUUCCAACGACAUUGACAGCCAAACGGUGACAGGAACAAACGACAUGGAUGCAAUUGAUGCCAAACUUGAAGCCGCUGAAGGGGGAAAUGUCAGCUUUGGAAACGACGACUCUAAUGGAGAAAAGGUCAAAGAAGCAAAAGGCAAGGCGGCGGUUGAAAGAGACGCGUUGAAAGUCAAGUGCAGACUUAGUGACCGUGGAGGCCCAGAUGUCAUUGUGCUCUUGGGUAGGACUCAAAGGGUGGGUGCUCUCGGUCAACGAAUCCGUGAUGAAACUGAGGUGCCGGCUAAAGCCAAAAUAAAAAUGGCCUACCUAGGUAAAAUCCUAGACGACAAGCUCACGCUUAUUGAACAAGGCUGGAAAGAAGGCCAUGUUUUGAAUGCACUUAUUGUGGGUAGAUUCAACAGUUGA